UGUUCGGUGCAUGGAGCAUCAAGCAAAGAAAAUUUAGUCAAAUCUCUCCCUCUCUACAGUGUAUGUGCUUGGCUCCCACCACUUUCACCUUCUCUCUCUGCACUUUGAAAACUUUGAAAACCUCUCGCAGGCACAGUCAGCCCUCCAUUUCAUUACCCAAGUGUCAAUCUCUCUCUCUCUCUCAUUCUCCCAUGCAGUCCAUCAGCCAUACUUUCUCUCUCUAAAAAUGGGAGGCAAGUGAGAAAGAACGCAAGAACAGGGUGCCUUCGUCCUUUCGCCGAGGUAAAAAAAAAAACAUUUCAGGCCAAUUUCUGAAUCAGAAGCGUCAGAAAAUGGAGCAGUACGAGGUGUUGGAGCAGAUUGGGAAGGGUUCGUUCGGCUCCGCGCUCCUGGUGCGGCACAAGGUUGAGAGGAAGAGGUAUGUUUUGAAGAAGAUCCGCCUCGCACGUCAGUCAGAUCGGUGCCGCCGAUCAGCACAUCAAGAGAUGGAGCUCAUUGCAAAAGUAUGGAACCCUUACAUUGUGGAAUACAAAGAGUCUUGGGUGGAGAAGGGUUGCUACGUGUGUAUCGUGAUCGGUUACUGCGAGGGAGGGGACAUGUCAGAGGCCAUUAAGAAGGCUAACAGUAACCAUUUCUCAGAAGAGAGACUUUGUAUGUGGCUUGUGCAGCUCCUACUGGCACUUGAUUACUUGCAUGUCAAUCAUAUCCUUCAUCGCGAUGUCAAGUGCUCAAAUAUAUUUCUCACAAAGGAACAAAACAUACGGCUUGGUGAUUUUGGGCUUGCAAAAGUAUUGACUUCUGACGAUUUAGCUUCUUCAGUUGUGGGAACUCCAACUUACAUGUGCCCUGAACUUCUUGCUGAUAUUCCAUAUGGUUCCAAGUCUGAUAUAUGGUCACUUGGCUGCUGCAUCUAUGAGAUGACUGCUCUCAAGCCUGCAUUCAAAGCGUUUGAUAUGCAAGCACUGAUAAACAAGAUAAACAAGUCCGUUGUAUCUCCUCUACCAACUUUAUACUCUGGUGCAUUUAGGGGACUAAUCAAAAGCAUGUUGCGCAAAAGUCCAAAUCACAGGCCAAGUGCUGCAGAACUGCUUAAACAUCCGCACCUCCAGCCCUACGUGUCUGAACUUCGAUCGAAGUCGACUCCUACUCGCAAUUUGUUCUCUGCUAAGCUUCCUACCCGACAUGACACAAACAAGACUGCACUUUUUUCUGAUGGCGAAGGCAAUUAUAAGCCCAAAUACAGUAAGAGCCAGUCGUUUAAAGUAGAGAGGGUUGUAAAACAGAACCAAGCUGCUGAUAGACAUGGCCCUCCUAGUUCUACCAUAACUGCCAAAGAUUGCCCAGAAUUGCUUAGUCUACCAAUGAAUGAAUUGUCAGCCCAAGUUACCAAGAAAGUUGUCAACGAAGUAUUACACAAUAAGUCUUCAGAACUAUCGAGAUCUCCAUCGCCAACUCCAAGAAGGGCGUCAUCGACGCCUAGAAGACGACUGGAAACUUCAAAGACAUUUCAUGCUACCACAGCUCACAAGGAGCGUCCGCCGUCAAGGUCUUCAGUUGACCGAAUGGUUCAAGCUACACGGCGAACAUCACUCCUCCUGCAUACGAUCAAAACUCCAGAAAAGCGCCAGGGCACCGACAUUCUUACCAGAUUGAAAUCUCCUGAUGUUUCAGUAAACGCUCCUCGAAUGGACAGAAUUGCUGAAUUCCCACUGGCCUCUUUCCAAGACCCAUUGCAUCCCAUCACGAAGCUCACAUCGCCAUCGAUCAAUGACCAAUCCAUCACCAAGGACAAGUGCACUUUUCAAGUGCUCCGAAGCGACAGUGGAAACUAUACUGACACUCCUGAUAGCGACCUUCUUGGUGUUGACAGUUCGCCCAGAAGCUCAUCCGAUUGGAGCCAGAAGAGGUUCAACACGAGGUCUUACCAGCAGAGAGCUGAGGCUCUGGAGGGCUUGCUUGAGUUCAGCGCCCAGUUGCUGCAGCAGGAGCGGUUUGAGGAGCUGGGGAUCUUGCUGAAGCCUUUCGGACCCGGCAAGGCAUCUCCAAGAGAGACAGCCAUAUGGUUGUCAAGGAGUUUAAAAGAAAUUGGAUUAUAACUAAAGGCCAGCAAAUGCAAACCUAAACCUGCAAUAAUUUUGCGUCUUAAUCAGCUUAAGGUCACCCUGUACAGUUUCAGUUUUGUGAUCUAUGUGUUUUUUUUUCUGAACUGGUCUUUGUGAAGUACUAUAUACAUGGCAAUUCAAUUAUCAUUC